CUCGGAGGCUCCGAGCCUCGGACGAACGUUACCCGAGCUUAGAUAAAACGGAGUUCUCCUUUCUCCCUUUCUCACGAACAGAGAGAGAAGACGAAGACGCGAGUUUGGGACUUAUAUUCCAAGGAAGGUGAAUAUUAGGUUAUUGAUACCUAGGUUGGUGAUUUCGAGCUUCAAAAAGGAAUCUCUGUGGCGAAGCAAUAGAAAAGAGGGAAUUUUAUUGUGAAUUUUGCUGAGCUUGUAUAACACAAGGUUUAUUUUGGUAAUGGGGGGCCAUCUUGUGUUGAAUGUUGACCGUCUCGUAACGUCACAACCCACUGAAACAAAAGAAGAAAAGGAGGGUUCGAGUUCCUCAGAAGAAGCUGCACAUGGUCCCUCCGAUCCUUCGCCUUUGCCGGUUGGUUCUAACAAGGGUAAGGAGGAGGAACGUAUAGAUGACGAUGAGGAGGAGCCUCUAAUUCAGAUGGUGGAGUGUCGUAUUUGCCAGGAGGAGGAUCACAUUAAAAAUCUAGAGACCCCUUGUGCAUGUAGUGGCAGUCUGAAGUAUGCUCAUAGGGCAUGUGUGCAGCGCUGGUGCAAUGAGAAAGGAGAUAUAACCUGUGAGAUCUGCCAUGAGCAAUACAAGCCUGGGUACACUGCACCUCCUCAAGUCCACCCUGAUGAGACCACUAUUGACAUCAGUGGAGAUUGGAACAUCACUGGUGCCCCGUUGGAUCUGCAUGACCAUCGGAUCCUUGCGAUGGCAACGGCGCAGCGCCACUUCCUUGAAGCUGAGUAUGAUGACUAUGCUGAUACAAAUGCUAGUGGUGCUGCAUUUUGUCGCUCCGCUGCUCUAAUUUUGAUGGCUCUUCUGCUGUUGAGGCAUGCACUGACCAUUACCAAUGGUGAUGAAGAUGAUGAUGCUUCCACAAUUUUUUCGCUUUUUCUACUGCGGGCUGCUGCAUUUCUAUUACCAUGUUACAUCAUGGCUUGGGCCAUAAGUAUCUUGCAGCGUAGAAGGCAAAGACAGGAAGCAGCUGCCUUAGCAGCAACUGAGGUGGCAUUCAUACUGCAGUCAGGGCAAGCGAGGGGUCUGCAGUUCACCAUUUCACCUGACUCGCCCACCACUCCCCAACAGGAGCCACACCAAUAGGGGGGGUUGCCAACUUUCCUUGCUAUACAAAGCUGGGAUAAAGCUUUGAGACCGGUUUCAGCGGCAGUGAAUUGUCAUCCCCAGUGUACUGAAAAGAAACGAAUACCUUUUUCCUCUGUUAUUUAUGAUUCUGAAAUUUCUCUUCUUAGAUUCCGUAUGCUUUAAAAAAAAUUGUGUAAAUAUAUUUCAAAUAUGAUGAGUUUGUUUUCAGAUUUCAGAUGUUAAUAAAGAGAAAAAAAAAAGAGGCAAAAAAGCAUGUGUAUUGUCUUA